AUGCCGGGCGAGAACCGACAGGGAGAGCGCGGAGCGGUGCCCACCAGCCCCGCAAGGUGGCGCCCGUUCACUCCUGCCGCGGCCGGCUCCAGCGCAUGGGGGAAAAGAGUGGUGGAACAGCUUCGAAAGAAUUUGAUAGUGAAGCAGGAACAACCAGACAGUAAGUUUCAAAUUCAGCCGCUGGCACAGUCAGAAAACAAACUACAGACACCACAGCCGCAACCACUACAACAGCUACAGCAGCAUCACCACCAACAGCAGCAGCAGUCUACUGCACCUUCUCCAAACGUGAUUGGAUCACAGAAAACUGUAACUACAGCUUCUAUGAUCACCACUAAGACACUACCUCUCGUCUUGAAAGCAGCAACUGGGACCAUGCCUGCCUCUGUUGUGGGUCAGAGACCUACCAUUGCCAUGGUUACUGCUAUCAACAACAAUCAGAAAGCAGUCCUCAGCACUGAUGCGCAGAAUGCACCAGUCAACCUCCAGACAACAAAUAAGGUCACUGGGCCAGGAGCUGAGGCAGUCCAAAUAGUGGCAAAAAACACAGUAACUUUGCAGGUUCAGGCUACGCCUCAGCCCAUAAAAGUGCCGCAGUUCAUCCCUCCUCCCAGACUUACUCCUCGUCCAAAUUUUCUUCCACAGGUUCGACCUAAACCAGUUGCCCAGAAUAACAUUCCUAUUGCCCCAGCACCUCCUCCAAUGCUUGCAGCUCCCCAGCUUAUUCAGAGGCCUGUGAUGCUGACAACAAAGUUCACACCCACCUCUUUACCCAACUCACAGAACUCAAUACAUCCUGUACGUGUAGUUAACGGUCAGACAGCAACCAUAGCCAAAACCUUCCCUAUGGCACAGCUCACCAGCAUCGUGAUAGCAGCACCGGGUACCAGGCUUGCUGGACCUCAGACUGUACAGAUCAGCAAACCAAACGUUGAAAAACAGACCAUUAAACCACAUGUGGAAGCAGAAGAGAAGCAAACAGAAAGUCGUACAGUUACUCCACCUGCUGCGCCGAAGCCAAAACGAGAAGAAAAUCCACAGAAACUUGCCUUCAUGGUGUCUCUGGGACUAGUUACUCAUGACCAUCUGGAAGAAAUCCAAAGUAAGCGACAAGAGAGGAAAAGAAGAACAACAGCAAAUCCAGUGUACAGUGGAGCAGUCUUUGAGCCUGAGCGCAAGAAGAGUGCAGUCACGUACCUGAACAGCACAAUGCAUCCUGGGACACGUAAAAGAGCCAAUGAGGACCACUGGCCAAAGGGCGAUAUCCAUGAGGAUUUCUGCAGUGUUUGCAGGAAAAGCGGGCAGUUGCUGAUGUGUGACACAUGUUCACGUGUUUAUCACCUGGACUGUCUGGACCCACCUCUGAAAACCAUUCCCAAGGGCAUGUGGAUCUGUCCCAAAUGUCAAGACCAGAUGCUAAAGAAGGAAGAAGCAAUCCCAUGGCCAGGAACUUUAGCAAUUGUUCAUUCAUAUAUUGCAUAUAAAGCAGCAAAAGAAGAGGAAAAACAGAAACUACUUAAAUGGAGUUCAGAUUUAAAACAGGAAAGAGAACAACUAGAGCAGAAGGUCAAACAGCUCAGCAAUUCUAUAACGAAAUGCAUGGAAAUGAAGAAUACCAUCCUUGCAAAACAAAAGGAGAUGCACAGCUCCUUGGACAAGGUAAAACAGCUGAUCCGCCUCAUCCAAGGCAUCGACCUUUCAAAACCCAUAAACUCUGAGGUCAAUUCAGUAGCCAUCUCCAACGGCAUGGACUCCACUAACAAUACUAAUGCUGCCACCUCCACCUUAGCCCCCUCCCCUUCCCAGAGCUGCAUGGUGAACUGUAACAAGGGCGAUGAGACUAAAUAACACAGUGAAGUUAAAGAAGGAGCCAAGGGAGGUGGCGGCGAGGAGGAAGAGCAAAAUAACGAAAACUCUAGUAAAGCAAAACUGGAUUUCUUCUGGAAAGUGCAGAAUUCUUUAGUUCUUUGGUUCCAGAGAGAGCGUGAAGAUGCUUGUGCCAGGCGGCACCGGAGUUUGCCAAUUGAUCCUUCUUAUUCUGUGUGUACAUGCAAAGUUUGGAUCAUGUUACAUGAAUAGUGCCAGCUGGGGGUUCUUUGCCAGCACCAUGCCAAGUGAAAUAAUAUAUUUACUCUCUCUAUAUUUUACACCAGUGUGUGCCUGCAGCAGCCUCCACAGCCACUAUAGGUUUGUUUUAUUUUUGUUCGGGGUGAGGAGCAGGGAUGAGGGAGGAGAGCAGGUUUCAAAUCCUUAUUUGCAGAACAGUUUGUUUAGCUAGGGGAAAACAAAAACAAAUCCAAAGAGCCUGUGGGCUUUUCCUGUUUCUAAACUCUCAGUACUAUUAAACCAAAAAAUACCAGAAAUAUAAAUUAUCAAAUCCCAGUGCCCAGAAGGGACAAGUCUAUCAAAUAAGCAGUAUUUACUAUUGUUUAGACAGGAGAUAUACAAAAGGAAAGGAGAUGGACUUUUCACUGAGUAACCAGCACAUGCACAGGCUGAGGAUCUACUGUCCCAACAGCUUUGGGUUAAUCCUAAUUCUUCACAUUAAACAACAAAACAUGCUUUGCAGAAUUGGUUUGGGUCCUCACACUCAUCCAGAAAGCCUAUGUUGGGAAUGGGAAAACAAGAGAAUCCAGGGUCAGCUUGGAGCAUUGGAUGGAGGUGUCCCAAGAGAAAAUGUGCAUUGAUUACUUGAAAAUGAGAUUCCAACCCUUUUCUAUAUUUAUAAACAACAAAGGUAUCCUGAACAAAGUAGCACAUGACCCAGAUGUGUGAACUGAACAGAGAAAUGUCCUUUUCUUUCACUUCCUCUUCUCUUCUUUUGGUAACAAGAACUAAAUAAGGAAUAGAAAGCUGUUUUCAGGCUGACAGUCUAAUUAAAGAGGUAGAUGGGACCUUGCAUGGUAUAGAUUAGAAGUAAUAGUGUCAGUGAGAUACAGUGAGUCUUUGUGAGUCCUUGUGUCAUCGUUUUGGGCACUGUUUUUUUUAUGCAAGGGCAAAAUCUUUGUAUCUGGGGGAAAAAAAAACAAACAACUUUUUUAAAUUAAAAAGGAAAAUAAAAGCUAUUGAGGUCUUCCUAGUGUUACUUCAAAUGAGAUCAAGGUAAGAAACAUUGUAAAAAAGAAAAAAAAACCUACAAAAGUGCUAUUUGUUUCCUAAACAAGUGAUUUCUAUUAAAAAGGUGUCAGAACUGGAGAAAAUGCCGUGUCCUUAGAAUUUUUUAACACAGACUUUGCUUCUUUAUGAUGACAUUCUGCUGUGUUUGUGUUUUAAAAUCCAAUGGGACAGUUUCCAUAGCUUAUAUACCAUCCGUGCCACUGGCUAAACUCUAAAGAGGAUCCGAUCCUGCUGUGCUGGAUCUCGCCCCACCUGGAGGAUCUGCCAGGCUUGUCUCUGCUGUUGUCAUUUCUCCCCCAUUCUUUCCUGUGUUUGUAACCCAGAGAAGAGCAUUUGGCAGCGUGCUCGGGUAAGGCUUUUAUAGUUCUGUGAUAUGGACUGAUCAGAGCUUGAGAAUGAGAGACAGUGAGUUGGUUGGACUGAAAUCACCUUCUGUCACAUCCUGUUGUUUAAGCUUAUCUCUUAUGUAUAAUCUUUUCACUCUGGAUAGCAGAGCCUGCCUUGUGCUUCCUAUUAGUAUGGGCUCUGUCUCAGUUUAGAGUGCAGGUUCUGGUCACUUAGGGUUGUGUCCCAGAGCUGCCUCAUUUCACUACUGCAUGUAAACGCUUAGGCAAACCCUGUUUCCACUGGAAGGACUGGGAGAACUCCCUUUACUUCCAGUAGGAGCAGAGUUGAGCCACUACAGACACAACAUGAGUCCCUGGUGUAGUGCCCUUGAGAGCAUGCACUGGGUGGUGAGGCAGGGCUAUUCCUAGUGGAAGAUAGAAAAGCUUUGGAUUUCAAGGAUGCAUUUCUGAGCAAGGGGGAGUGAAUACUCCAGACCCUACAUAGCCUGAGAGAGUCUCUUUGCUCCCACAGCCAAGUAUGCUGCUGUGGGAUUCGUGGAGCUGUUUUCUUCUCUCUCCUUUAGGAUGCCCUUCUGCUCCUUAAGGACUGUUACUCCUCCUGUAGGAGUGUGCGCUAUUUUCAGCCCUGAGCUCAGAACUGAUAUCCCUAUUUCUCACGUUUGUCUGUAGUCGGGAAUGUGACUCUUACGUGCAGUUCUUAGCUGAGCUGGGAUAACCUUGACUCUGUCUUUUGAUGUUUGAGUUCUGGAGCUGGCAGAGCUGGAAGGCAAAGUUAGCUUGAGUGGCAGGGAGACAGGCAGGCGAUGUCAAAACUGAUCCAUCUAAAAAUGGCCUUGCAUCAACUUAGUCACCAGUGGGGGGCAUUCCUAUAGGGCAGCACUGGGCCAGAAACCCAUAGCAUUGAAACAAAGGACUGAGCAUUUCAAGGCAUGAAGAGAAAAGCCAAACUGAGUUUGAACCUUCUUUCUUUAGAAAGCCAAUGACUUCGUGGCCUGGAGAAAAUGCCUGUUUGGCCAGGUUGUUCUCUACAGUUGGUCACUUGGGUAACUCAUCUUCUGAAGCAUUGAGUAUGUUGCUAGUAAGAGACAGUAGGGAUAGGUGCACUGUCUUGGUGGUUCUCAUGUUCUUGUUACUGGUGUUAGCUUCUGAGCUUACUUGGAAGCACUUGCACUACUGGGGGGUAGCAGCUAUGCCUGGAGACUGGAAAGUCAUUCUGUUUUAUUUGCCAAUUCAGGAAGGAAUAGAAGCAAAAUUCAUAUGUAAAUGUGAGCGCAGUUAACCAGCCAGGAGAUGUUGAAACAGGAAUUACUGCUUUUCUGAGGCAUCUGCUUGUCUCCAGCAUCAGAGUAGAUAAGUAUAGACUUUAAUGUCCCUUUUGUUACAGCAUUUGUGUUCCAGACUGUUAAAGGUUGCCUUUAGUUAAUCAUUGCCAGGCAGAGAAAUGAUUUUAACUUAGUAGGCUUUUUGAUGCUACUAGCUAGUUCUGCCUCUCUCUAGCUGUUUGGAUGCUUUUCCUCCUGGCUCUGCAGCUGUAUCAGUCAGUAGGCAAGGAGCAUUCCCAGCAUUGCCACUGGCAAUGAUGCUGCCACAUAGACAGGAGUAAUUUGGGUUAUCUCUGCCCAAUUAGCAGCAGUGGGGUGGAAGGGGAAUUGGCAAUUGCUAAAUACAGAAGAAAAUGGGAGUUUUCUGGCAGUUGUAAGAGGUUCCAAUCAAGGGAGAAAUCUAAACUCUUUGACAGCUUAAAGCUCAAGUUUGUCUCCUGGGUUCGGAUUGGUUUGUUUUCUUGCUCCUGUAAUACCUACAUAGAGUGAGUUUGUAAUAAAACUUGUGGUGUUUUGCAUUUCCAAGUCACCAUCAGGUUAUUAACUAAUUCUUAUGUCAUUGCCUGUCAUUGGUGGGAAGUAAGUAGCUUUUAAAUCUCUGUUAUAAAGGAGGAGAUGAGACCACAGAGGAAGCUCAUGUUGGAGCCGGCCCUGGCUCUCAGCCCAGUGUUAAGGCUUUAGGAAGUCACCCUACUGCCUUGCUCAGAAAUGGAGUAAGGAUUGCAGAAGCAGUUUCUUCCCUUCUCCUUGCCAUCUCUUCUUUAACCAGCUGGAAAGGUGCCUUGUGGUCAGAGUGGGAAAGGGAGCGUGGGACCUGGUGAGAAGAAUUAGCGUUAUCAUUAGUAAGCUCACGACCUUUGCAUGGGGCCAAUAUGUGGUUUUUAGUGCUGCACAAAGCACAGCAAAGGCAAUGCUUCCAGGACUGAUUGAUUGGCAGGUAGGGUGAGUAGCACGGGUGAUGCUGGGAGAACAUCAUUAGCCAGGAAUUACCACGUUAGCAGGAUGAACUAGUGGUUUGCUUGAGCAAAACAAGGGCUUUGUUGCAGCAAGUGUGUGCUGGUGGGGAUAUGGAUUAAAAGCUGCUUAGAAACUGAAGAGGUGAUAAUUUAUGGGCAGAUCUGUUGGUUUCGCUGUGGGCAGGGAGCACAAUAUUGUAUGUUAUCCUUCCUGGCUGACCAGGCUUAAGAAAGCAAAUCUGUAUUCCAGCUGUCUAGAAAAAUGAACCCAGAUUCUGACCUGCUUGGCUUCAAAUCAUCAUCUUCCUUGUACCAUUGCAGAGACAGCCCUGAAAAGCAGCGUUACCAGCAUUCAGGAGUGAAACCUCCCUCUUAGCCCCACCAAUACAGGGAGUAAACUCUGGGGAUCCACACCUUCCAUGUGGAUCCAAAAGAAACAGUGGUGAAUUUGCAGUGCACGUUUCUCAUUUCCCCCAGCUGGGUUGCACCCUGCCCUCUCUUUGCUUCUGAAGCACUGAUGGUGAAUGCGUGGGUUUUAACAACACAUGUUUUUAAGGUACCGUAUUGAGAUGUCAAACCAAAACUCACUCUUUUACUGGGGCCUCCCUCCACAAGCUGCUCAGAUAAACCUGAAACACGUGUUACACUUCCUUGUGGACCAUGCCCCCUUGGGCAGAAUCUGUUGUGUCUUUUCAGAACUGUUUUGAACCUUCUUCACCUCCGUUUUGUCCUCCCUUUGGGAUUCUGACGUUCAGCCUUGCUGGGUUACUGCAGAGAGUAUGUACAAGAGUCAGGAACCUGGAGAAAGAGGAGGAUGUUCUGUCGUGCAGCUAAUUCAUUUGGCACUUAUGCUUGCCUGGCCAACAAACUACCUCAGCAAAGGCCAUUCCAAGCGCUCUGUGGAUCCUGGUAGUUUAUGGCAUUCGGAAGCAAAAGGUCUCCAGAGACCCUGCCAACAGGGCCUCACAGUGGACACACUGUUGGAUCCUUGUUGGCAAUGGGUCAGACCUGGGCCAGGGAUGCCCUAAAACCCAGUGGAUCAGGAGAACACCAAGCUGCAGACAUCUUGUCUCCAGGUUAUUGCCGUCUUACUCAGAUCCUCCUUAAGCCUCAGUCCUGUUUGUAACACCUACAGAAUGGAAUGUAAUACUUGAAAACUAUGACUCUCUCUAUCCUUUACCUUAGCUCCCAUUUCCUCCAUGUUUCUCUUUUAUUGGGACAAGAACUUUCUGCAUCAUUGUGUCUUGUAUAGGCUGAGCACAUAGUGAAACUUGCCAAUAAAGAGAAUUAUUUA